GGCGGCACAGGUGACGUGCUUGUGCGCUUGUGGUCUUAUUUUUCGGAAUAUCUGCUGCCUGGAUUGUUCCUGGAGCUUGUGCUUCCUUCUCCAAUCACUGCGUUCGGCGACACGCCCUCACGAGGGUGGGCGGAGCCUGCACGCGAGUCAGAUAUAUAAAUCUAUGAGGAGUCGCCGCUGCAAUGUGUCAGCCAUUGCUCAGUGCUUCGUCUCCUGCUCAGCGGCGACUGUCUUUCCCAUUCCCCUGUUCCCUCAUUCCUCUAGCCCUCUGUCAACACACCACCUGUUGUCUGGGCGUGGCGCAGGCAUGAAUGUGGUCGCGCAUGCGGCGGGCGUGGUAGCCCUGCUGGUCGGGGUGAUGAUGCUUGCGUUGCUGCAGUUGUCGGUCUUCACUGAAGUGGCGGCGUCUGAGCAGGAGGACUGUAACACCACCACCACAACCACUACCAUCACCACCACCACCACCGCUGAGUCGCAGCAGGGGUUGAGUUGCAGCCGCGACCAAGCCAAGCCGGGUGCUCCGGGACAGGAGACUUGGACGCGGCCGAGCGGGAGGGACUACUUUGGACCAGCCGGGGACGCGGUGAUCCAGGAGAUGAAAGCAGAGAAUAUUGAAAAGUACCUCAGGUACUUCACGAGCCAGGGCCACAUGGCGGGCACUAAGCAGGACCUGGAGCAGGCUGAGUACCUGAAGAAGAUGUGGGAGGAGCAAGGGCUGGACCAGGUGUUCCUUCAGCCUUACAACGUGCAGCUCUCCCACCCUGACCUCGCCCGUCCUAACAAGGUUUUCUUGCUGGACGAGGCUGGCCAGGUCAAGUUCACAUCAAGCGUCAUGGAGGAGCCGCUGGACGGAGUGCCCUAUGAUGACUCCAUCCCGCCUGCCUUCCUCGCCUUCUCCCCAGCAGGCACCGUCGUAACGGAUAAGUUGGUGUACGUGAACUACGGCCUUUACGAGGACUUUCUGACGGCGGCCCAGGCUGGAGUGUCGGUGGAGGGACGUCUGGUCAUUGCCAAGUUCGGGCGUGGCUUCAGGGGCGACAAAAUUUUCAAUGCUCAGAGAUUCAAAGCCGCUGGGAUCAUCCUUUAUACGGACCCACAUGACUAUCACCCAGAAUGGCAGAGCGGGGGCGCGGCAUACCCCAACUCGUUCUGGCUGCCUGGGUCUGGGAUACAGCGAGGCUCCAUCAUGUGGCAUGACGGCGACCCGACCACCCCAGGCUACCCUUCACUAGAUGGAGUCUAUCGGCUGCCGGAGGAACAGACGGACACCCCGAGGAUUCCCGCCCAUACAGUGAGUUACAACGAUGCCCUCAAGCUGCUGAUCAACAUGGGCGGCCAGGAGGUGCCGGAGGAGUGGCGGGGAGCUCUGAACGUCACCUACAGGAUGGGACCUUCCCUGGCGAGGCGCGGCUGGCAGGUGAAGCUUGAAGUGAACAACGUAAAGCGAAUCGUACCCACCUACAACGUGAUCGGCGUGUUACGAGGCAGCGAGGAACCAGACCGCUACGUCAUCUAUGGCAACCACCGAGACUCUUGGACCUUCGGCUCUUGUGAUCCCUCCUCCGCCACGGCCACCAUGAUGGAGAUGGUGCGCUCCUACGGGGUGCUGCUGUCCCGAGGGUGGCGUCCACGCCGAUCCAUCAUAUUUGGGUCGUGGGGCGCGGGUGAGUACGGUUUCUUCGGCACUACGGAGUUUGUGGAGGAGUACCUGAAGAUGUUCGAAGCGCGGGCCGUGGCGCACCUCAAUGUGGACCUGGCGAUCAUCCAGACCUACAACCUGCUGGUGUCCGCCACGCCGCUCCUGCAUAAAGUGAUCAAGGAGGCCACGAAGAAGACCCCGGCGCCUGAGCCUGGCCUGGGCUACGAGACACUGUGGGAGCACUGGACGCAGAGAGUGCGGGCGGCGUCUCCUGACCUCAUGGACUACUCCCUCGCCUCCCUCAGUGAACACUCUCCAUUCUACCAGAUGGUCGGCGUCCCAACCUCCUACAUGGUUUGGGAAAUCAAUUUUGAGGAAUACGACUGGUCAGACUACCCGCUCUAUCACACCACCUUCGAGGACUUUGACGCCAUGAAGAACCUGCUGGACCCCGAAUUCCGCUACCACCUCGCGCUUGGCCGGCUGUGGGCACUCAUGGGUCUUGGUCUCGCCGACUCUAAGAUCCUCCCAAUGGACCCCGAGGACGAGACGGUGAUGCUGCGGAAACUGGUGGCGGGGCUGAGGCAAGACUACGGCGACGUGAUGCAGGUGGAGGGCGUUACGCUGGAUCCCCUGGAGGCGGUGGUGGGCCGCUUCGAGAAGGCUGCCCGCGCCUUCAAUGCCAAGCUGCACAACCUCACCUCUGUGCCGCCGCUUCUCGCCCGACAACUGAACGACCAGCUCAUGCUCCUGGAGAAAUGCUACACGCACGGCGAGGGUAGUCACCACCGCCCGUACAUGAAAAACAUGGUAUUCGGAACGGACAACAUGAACCAGUACGGCGGAUGGCUAGCGCCGGGUGUGCGGGACGCCCUUUGGGAGGCCAAGAGAUGCAGCGCUUCCUGUCCUCAGGCGUGGCAGGUCGUGCAGCAGCAGCUCUCCGUCCUGCAGGCAGCCAUCAACGCCGCGGCACUCGCCCUCAAGGACAUACAGUAUAUGUAGGCGGACGGAGACGUCGGCGCCGCUCCCAGCACGGACACUGCCAGCUCGCCAUCACGCACUGGCAACGUUAAUUAUGUAUUGAAUGGUUAGCUUAUGUUAUGUAUUAUAGAUUAUUUAUAUAUCUAAUAGUACUAGUAGAAAUGCAAUUUGAUCUGCUGUUUUUACGUUGUUCCCUUGCGUUGUGGUAAUACAGCUGUGAAUAUUUGGCUCUCAAAGUGGUAGAUUAAUGGAAAAGACUCCGUAAUGAAGUUGUUAAUGCCACCAUUAGAGAGAGAGAGAGAGAGAGAGAGAGAGAGAGAGAGAGAGAGAGAGAGAGAGAGAGAGAGAGAGACCUCACUUCCUUGGAUACUGAUAAGUGAGGCAACAGUUUGAAACAAAAUUAAGUCAGGUGCACCUGUGUGGCGGCCAGGUGUGUCGAAAGGCGAACCCUUCACCUAUGCAUAGAUAGAGGCGAGUGGUGGUACGGUGCAGCUCAUCUGUCGUAAUCCUUACCAAAAUAAAUAUUCAGUACCGUACCAUUGUAAUGCAUCAGUUAAAUUUAGAAUUCGCUUAACAUACCCGAAAGAAAAAUAUGAUAUACAGACAUAGUAUGAUGUAUUAAACCUGUGUGUUGUUUUCGUACCGUACUAUAAGAUUUCGUACUUAAUUACUACUACUACUACUACUACUACUACUACUACUACUACUAAUAAUAAUAAUAAUAAUAAUAAUAAUAAUGAUAGUAGUAGUAAUAAUAAUAAUACCUGUUGGAUUUAGGUUUCAUUUGAUUAAAACCGGAAGGUGGGUAUGACAGAGACAUCAAGGUCCUAUAUAAUGUACUAAACAUGCGCAUCACUUUCGUACAGUACUAUAAAGAAAAUUCGUACCGUAAUUUUGUGUCGUUCCUGUAAUCGUACCGUACCGUAAUUUCGUGCAUACCAUAUCUUACUAUAGAAAAAAAAAAUUACCGUAACAUCAUACGGUAUGAUCAUAUAGUACCAUAAUUUCGUAUAUACCAUAUCUUACUAUAGAAAAAUUGUACCGUAAUAUCGUACCGUACAUUUACCAUAUCAUAAUUGUACCGUAAUUUCGUAAACAUGCUAGUACAGUACUAUAUUGCAUGUUCUGCUUGGUACUGUUUCCAUUCUAUAGCAUAAGCCUCAGAUGUACAUUCAUCCUUACCUUCACCUUUAUCCCUUCAAAACUUACGCAACUUUCUACACCACCACGUUGCCAUCACUAUAUAUGAAGUGACAUCUGCGUUUUGUAACUCCUUCAACGCUUCAAUAGUUGCGCCAUAAACAAACUGAGAUAAUUAUUGAUUUUUUUACUUAUUAUAUUUAUCGACCACAACAUAUCAGUUACAAACAAUCCUCAGUGUGAUCCAUAGACACCAAUUACAUACACUGAAAGAAAAAUUAUAAAUGUUCAAUAAAAUCAAAUAGAUAAACUCUUUCAUGGAGAGGAGGAGGAUUAAAUACGUAGACCCAUCAGACAGAAAGACAAUAGGAACAAUCAAAGAGGUUUAUGGAUGUAGUGAAGGAGGACAUGCGGGUGAUGGGAGCAACAAAGAGAAAGUUUAUGGAUCCACUGAAGGAAGACACGCCAGUUAUGGGGGCAACGAAAGGCACAAAAGACAAAGUAAGGUGGAGACGGGGCUAGUAUAUAGAAGUUAUACGUCUUUGAAGAAGUGGCCGCUAUUAAUUAACCAACAUGUGGUAAUAGAAGACUUGUGGUAAUAACACGACUAGCCGCUUUUGAUUCGAAGGUCAAAUUAAAAUAAAAAUAUAAAUAAAGGAGGAAUUGAUAGGUGAAAUGAUAGGUAAACUGAAUAGACUCAGUAAUCUGGUUGUUAGUGAUGAGUCAUUACGGAAAUUUAAAGGAAGAUUAGACAUAUUUAUGGACAGGGAUGAUAGGCAGAAAUAGGAAGGAAUGUUUCAUACGGGGACUGUGAAGUUUGUACCUGACGGCUUCUUGCAGCUUCCCUUAUUUUCUUGUUAUUUUUUAUUUAUUUAUUUAUUUAUUUAUUUAUUCUUAUUUUUUUACUUCAAUCUUGCUGUUAUGAUCGUGGCUGAAAUACAAGAUUGCACCCUAAGAAUCAGACUUAUAGGAGUGUGUGCAGAGAGGAAGAAGUCGGUGUUGAGAUGUCACCUCUGUCAUCACUACAGAGGCAUGAAAAGCUAAAUUCUAAUUUAAGUUUUACUCUAAAUGAUAUACGAUAAACUUCAUUCAUCUUAUGCUUCCUUCCUCUAUUUUUUUUUUUUGCUGAAGGUGCAUGGAAACAUUGAGGUUACAUUGUACACCUGGCAGUGUUAAGAAAAAGUCGUGAAAAAGAGAACAUGGUUUUUCGUCUUUACAGUAUUUUAACUCAAUCUGAAUGAUAUAUGUUAAACUUUAUACCACCUGUUUCCCACCUCUCUGCUGUGCUAAGGCUGCAUAAAGGUACUGAGUUAAUCUUGUUAUUUAUGACCAGGCAGUGGUAAAGAAAAAAAAAAGUAAAAGAGAGAACUUGGUUUUUACUUUGGGAGUACACGCCUUAAAUAUUAUUCUGAAUGAUAUACAUUAAACUUUAUUCUUGCUGUUUCCCGUCUCCUUUCUGUGGUAAGGUUGCAUAACGGUAUCGGGUUUACAGUGUAUGCAGUGUUGUUAAUGAACAGAAAGGUCGUGAAAGAGAAAACAUUGUUUUAGCUUUACGGUUCUUUUAAUCUGAAUGAUAUAAGUUAAACAUUAUUCCGCUUGUUUCCCGCAAAGGCUGCGUAAAGAUAUGUUUAUGGCCAGACAGUGUUCAGCAGUGAAAAAGAGAAGAUGUUUUUUGGCUUAGUAUUAUUUCAAGUUUUCUCCUAUGUGUCUUAACGCUUUCUGUGAUAAGACUGGAUGAAGGUGCUGGGUUUACUGAAUAUUAAGGGAAGACGUAAAAGAGAUGACAUGGUUUCUGGUUCAGCAGCAAGUGUGUGUGUCGCUUAUAAGUCUAGGUGUGACGGUCUUAUAAUAAGAGACUGCUAGGUGAUUACAUAUAGUACGCACCUCACGGCCCACAGGUGCACGGCUCGCUUCUCUGCGUCAUGACACCUGUGCCGUGCGUCACACCUGUGCACCUACAUAAAUUACAAAUCAGAAUCAUGCGCUGAAGUAGCUCUCUCUCUCUCUCUCUCUCUCUCUCUCUCUCUCUCUCUCUCUCUCUCUCUCUCUCUCUCUCUCUCUCUCUCUCUCUCUCUCUCUUCCCCCUUUCAUCAGUACAUAGACUGGGUAAUUUUUUUAGAUUUCUUGUUAAUAUUUAGAGUUAUGUGUGUGUGUGUGUGUGUGUGUGUGUGUGUGUGUGUGUGUGUGUGUGUGGAAGCGCGCGAGCCUCAACUAAGUCAGGAUAUUCUUUAUAAUAGAAACGCUUUAUGAAGAGAUGCUGUUAUUUACUUUAGGGCAACAUAACAUUAAGAGAAGGUUGUAGUGGCGGAAAACUCAACCAUCUAAUAAAUAUUUGGCAGAAUAUUUGCGCCAAACACGAUGGCGAGCCAUGUGUUGCCUCCGGACCCUAACACUACAAUACUACAACACUGCACACAAGAGUCUUGGAGCGGCAAGUUGUGGGGGUUUCAUCCUGCGAUCAGCUACACAGUGUGCAGCUUACAGAUGAAGUAGUGAGAGCUGGUACACCUCUCGUCUGCAAGGAAGAAGCGUCUGUAGGAUGACAUGAAGCCGCAAUAGUUGGAAUUGUAGUGGUCAUCGGGUUCAUUGGUGGCCCAGUAAGGCGCUCCUCCAGGCACGGGAUCUCCAGACACCCAGUACCAUUCCUGGUCCCCUGUGGCGUCAGCAGCGCCCACCCAGUGGCUCUUGUCGCGCUCUG